CCGCGCGCCCGCACUGCCCGGCACGGCACAGCCCAGCCGAGCACGAGUGGUGCGAGCGCGUAACGGCCCCCGGGAGCCCCGUCCUGCCGGGGCAGCGGAGCCCGUGCCUUCCUUCUCCCUUCGCUCCGAGAGUAAGUGCGCGGUCAGCUCUGGCUGGGUGAGGGGAGCGUUCCGUGACGCGGUACAGCCGUGGUGCGCGGCCUCCGCGUGGAUGGAAACGGUUCGAUGGCGUGGAAACAGGGGACGGGAACAUCUUCCUCAUGAGGAAAGGCUGCAGGACCUGGGGCUAUUGAGCCUGGAGAGAGAAGACUGAGGUUGUACAUGAGAGAGUUGACAGGGGAGAUAAAGUCCCAGGGUUGUUGUGAAGAGAAAGCUUACCUGUUAUUGAACAUCACUAGCAAGGAACACUUCAAGAAUGAGUCCACCACAAGAUAAAAGUAGAAAUUCCUGCAGCAGUGAGCCUCUGGCAAAGUGCCUUCGAGCAAAGAAGGACCUGGAAACAGCCAUAUCUGGAAUUGUCAAAGCUGAGCAGCAGAUCAGAGAGAACUGGCAGGAGGUGAAAGGGAAGAUUCACAGCCACAUCAGCCGGCACCUGGAGUGCCUGCGCAGCAGGGAGGUCUGGCUGUUUGAGCAGGUGGAUCUCAUCCAGCAGCUGAAGGAGGAGGCCCUGCAGCAGCAGGCCCAGCAGCUCUACUGGUAUCUGGGACAAUUCAAUUGCCUUAUUCAUCAGCUGGAACGCUCCUACAGCAACGAACUUGCAAACCAGAUUUCAGUUUGCCUGGAGAGACUGGAAAGUCUCACUCUGAAACCAGAGGAGUCUUCUAUUCUCAAUUUUGAGGCUGACACAUCUUACCUUCGCCAGGCUAUUACCUCCUUUGGUUCAAUUAAAACAAUGCAGACCUCGGAGAGAGACCACACUUCUCCCUGGUUCCCAGGGCAGAGCUGUGCCCUAAUGAACCGUGAGCAGCAGAAAACAUUGUGUGGGACAGUGAGUGCCUCGCUUGCUGACUGGCUACUUGGCAGCAGACCUGGGGGUGUUUGCCCAGCUCCCUAUGUCCCCAGCACCAAUCUUGAGGAAUGGGUUACACAAAAAUGUGUGUCAGAGCCCAGCCAGGAUUUAAAUUCUCCCAAAGUCUGUUAUUUUGAGCAAGCCUGGGGAAAUUUGAAAGAUCUGGAGAACUGGCUGCUGCAGAAUCAACAGUGUGAUGUUGCUGGAAAGACGGAGUCCGCUGGCCGCAAGGACUCCACCUCUACUUCCAGCUCAUCCUUCUCCACUCUUGAAAAGCUGGAGGAAUUGGAAUUCUUUGGCCAAGAAGAGAUGGACCUUUCUGACUGGCUGCUUACUCCUGACACGGAAAAUGAAAGCAGUGCUUCAGAUGAGAAAUGGAAGUCUGAAUUCAAACCUUUUAGGGAAGAGUUUAAUUGGAAUGAUUGGCUCCUCAAAGCUGAGACAUGUACCAGUUGUUGUGGCGGCCAGGUCAAAAAUGUGGAAAUUGAAAACCUGGGAAAUCUGAAGUGCCUGAAUGAGCAUCUUGAUGGAAAGAAGUCACCCACCACAUCUGCUGUAAAUGCUUGGCUGCUUCAGCAUCCCCAGGCCUCGUUUAAGGUGGAAGACAUCUGCAAAGCCAACGAACCGUGCGCCAGCUUCUCAGAAUGCGUGUGUGAUGACAACUGUGGAAAAGAGGCUCUGUGUAAAUGGCUUCUGAGGAAGGAAGGGAAGGAUAAAAACGGAGUUGCAGUCAGCCAGAAAGAUGUACCAAACCCUGAGCAUGAGAAGACAAGGUUUGCUGCCAGUAGCUGGCUGGACCCCACGCAGCAGCUGCCAGGGCAGCCCCUUAGCACAGAGAAAGCAGAUUGUUCGGCAGAGAUCGCGGAGCCCUUGAAAGUGCUGCUGGAGAGGCCUCUGACGAGCUGGCUGGCCAGGGCUGAGCACAAAGCAGCCAGUGCAGAGGAGAAGGCCAGUAGGGAAAAGGCAGAUAAUAGUUUCAAGAGUCCUUUCCUGGACCUCUUGGCUCCAUUCCACCUCCCUUUGAACGUAAACAGUUGGGUGUUGACUUCAAACAACCUGGAAAGCGCAACCCCGCCUCCAGCAGAAGAUAAAUGGCUUCUUCGCAAGAAAGCACAAGUGAGCGACUUUGGCCUUCCUACAGUUUGUGACCUUUUUGCCUGUAUGAAACUCAAUGGAGAUAAAGAAAAAUGGCUGUAUCAGACUCCUUUGCAGAUGUGAAGAACUGGCAGCAUGGAAACCACUCCCCUCCUGCUGAUGGAUCGCACAUCACGCUGAGAGACUGCAGCCAGAUGAAUUCUUGUGUUUUGUGUUUGGCUGUCUGCUUUUUCUUCUAAAAUCCUAACAAAAAGAUUACUCACCUAACAGAGUUACAGGGCAGGAGAUGCCUUUUUGUUAUGAUUCAUUCUGAAAUGUGAACCCACCGAGCAUAAGCAAUCUGAUACUAUAGAGAUGUUAGUAAAUUCCUAUCUAUUAUGGGACUAUGUGAAUCUUCUUUAAUGGGUUGUCACUUCAAGUAUAUCGAAGCCACUGCAAAUGCAAAGCAAAAUCUCUGUGGUGCUGAGAACCGUCCACCUCUGGCAGUGAGUUUAGAAGUGCUGCUGUUCCUUUCAGCUGCUACAGCUUUGUCACGAGUUGGGUUGGAGCUGAUGGGCACUGCAGGGCUGUGUUUGGAAGUGGUUGCUUUUCCUGAGCAUUUGCUGAUGAGGAAGGUUUUGUGUGUAUCGUGCAUUGGUGUGUCUGCUUGCUGAGGACAGAUAGUCCAGGUUUUGCAGAAGAGGGACCUGACCCUUGCCAGGAGAACUGAUAAUAUAGAAUGAAAACUCUUGCAAAUUUUGGAGCCAUUCAGGGAAGAGGGUGGGAUGUUCAUUGUCAUGCAGCAGCAGGUCAGAUCACACUGUGCUCCCAGCGUUCAGUAACUUGUUUGAAUUUCACUGGAAAGGCUGUAAGAUGAAAUGUCUGGUUCUAGAUAAGUUCACCAGGAGCUUAUGUUGACUGAACCACUGCAGAGCAGGCAUCUUAGCCACAUAGUAUCAAAGGGUACUAUUUGGGGAAUUAGAUGCCUUCUCAUCAGAUUGAUGUCAUGCUGUGUAAUUGGGAAACACUAACUUGGCAAACUGUGUGGCCCCCACUGAUCCAUGUUAAAGACAGGUAGCUUUCCAUGGUGUUAUGCACAUGAAAGUGGGGUCGAGUAACUCCAAUCCCUGCCGCAGUGGGCAGACUGAGACACACCUCUCCAGGUAUUUUAGCAUUUUGAGCCCCUAGGAAAGAGUGCAGAGAUGUUAGACAGAGCUGUGGGUCAGGCCUGUCAGCUUGCUUGAAAAACUGUGAACUUAACAAUGUUUCUGGUGCAGCUUCUACUCAGUAAAUUGCUCUGAGUGACCAUAACCAAUAGGCACCCACCCCUUCUCCCCAUCCCCACAGCCUGCCUGGCAAUAAAAGGGAGUUCAGUUCUGCACAACCCUCUAAAGAAUCAUUAGCAAGCCCCAAUAUUAUCACUUUGCAGUGUGAACACAGUCCUACCUGACAAAACCCAUGUGUUUGCUUGGAAAGAAGCUUUUAGCCUGAGAUGGGAGGACACUGUGCAUCUGACUCCCAAAGGGCAGAACAGCAGUGAAGCACUGGAGGCUUACGUCCCAUCAGUCGAGGUUUUCUGCUGGAAGCUGCAUGGGAAAUGCACUGUGACAAACCAACAACAGCCCAAUUCAAUUGGCAGUCUGACUUCAUGGGUGACGUGCAGCCCUCCUCUUACAAUCCCCUGUAGUUGUCAUUGUGUGCUACUUGGUCAGUUCAUUACGAGCCUUUAAAACCAGGGGUGUGUGUUCCUUUACUUGGCUGACCUGUUAUCACUAAUUGUAUUUAUGUAAAACAUUGAUUAGUCUUUUCCAUUAAAAAAUAAUCACAUUA